AUCGUGCUAAUGAAUGAUUCCAUUCGGGAACCAAUGAAACAUACUAAAUUACUAAUUGUUUUAAAGCAACAAUUAUUCUCAUUAAAAUUACAGAUCCAGGAUUUAGUAGCAAUAUUUUCUUGCAGAAGCCUGCAUAACAUAACGUUGACAUAACCUUCAAGUAAAACAUGUUUGAGGAAUAUAUUUAGUUAUUUAUUUUAUACCGGUAAACAAACAAGAUUUAAUCAUGUUGAAUUGGAAAUUAAACGCAAGUUUUGGCUGUACAGUUGCGAAAUCGUUACUUACCGCAAUUCCUAACCCAGUCGUUCAACAAACGCGAAAUACUGUGAUUUUAAAAAGAGUGUAUAAUCCACCAUUGAAUAAGAAAGGAUGUAUACCCCGCAGAUUGAAAAAUAGGUCUUUUAUUUAUGAACUUGUAGAGAAUACCAAUGUAAAGCCAAAACCACCUUUGGAUAUAAUUCUAACUCAAUAUGUUGAAGGAUAUGGAGAGAAGGGAGAAAAAAUAACUAUAAAACCACAAAAGGCUUAUAAUGAGUUUUUAUUACCAGGAUUAGCUGUCUAUGCGUCUCCUGAAAACAUAGAAAAGUAUUUGACGUCUAAAGUUACUAAUAAAAAAACCUACAGUUCUUUGUUUGUUCCAAUGACCAUUAGAUUUUUAAGUCGAAUUUGUCUAGUGGUUAAUAUGUCUAUAGAAAAUCCUUGGGUGCUUGAAAAAUGGCAUAUCAGGACAAAUUUCAGAAGAAGUGGAUUUAUAGUUUCCGAUGAAGCCAUCACAAUGCCAGAAAAGGAGAUCUCUGGUCCUAAUCUAGAUUUUGAAAACAAAGAGUUUUAUGUCACAAUUACAAUAAACAAAACGGAAAAAGUGAAUGUGCGAUGUAAACUACAUCAUGACACCUUUGAUAUAAGCAAGCAACUCUGUGAAAUUGACGCCUCCUUUUAUGCUCCAACAGAAGCUAUAUUUCCAGAAGAUCAGGAAGUGCUUGAUUCUCUGCAAAAACCACAACCGAAAGAAAGUGUAUAGAAAUAAUCUUUUAAAACUUUUGUUAUAGUAAAUAAGUAAAUAAAUAAAUAAAUUAAUAAAAACUCUAA